AUGUUUCGUUUAGGUGUUAAUCAAAUUGCCCGUCCUAACGGUGCAAGAAACUAUGCCACUUUACGUGAAAUCGAAAUGAGACUCAAGUCCAUUAAGAAUAUCGAAAAAAUCACUAACACCAUGAAAGUCGUUGCAUCCACCAGAUUGAACAAAGCCCAAAGAGCCAUGCAAGCUUCCAGAGUUUAUCACGAAUCUGACAGUGAAUUCUACAAGAAUGCCGAAUUGGAACAGCCAGAAACCGAAGGUAACACUUUGUUGAUUGUCUGUUCUUCUGACAAAGGUUUGUGUGGAUCUAUUCACUCUCAAGUCGCCAAAUACGCCAGAAAGAGAAUCGAAGAGUUGGGUGGCAAGGUCGACGUUGUAGCUGUUGGUGAAAAGGUGAAGGCUCAGUUGUUGAGAACACACGAUGACAAAUUGAGAUUAGCCUUCAACGGUAUUGGAAAAGAAGCUCCAAACUUCCACGAAGUGUCCUUAAUUGCCGAUGAAAUUGCAAAGUUGGGUAAGUUUGAAAACACCGAAAUCUUAUACAACAAGUUUGUAAACUCUGUUUCUUUUGAGCCAUCUAACUUUAGUGUUUUCACCAGUGAAGCCAUCGAAAAGGCUCCAGGUUUGUCCAAGUACGAAUUAGAAAACGAAGAAACUACCGAGGCUUUUGCUGAAUUCUCUUUGUCCAACUCGUUGUUGACUGCUUUGGCUGAAGGUUACGCUGCCGAAGUUUCUGCCAGAAGAAAUGCUAUGGAUAACGCUUCCAAGAAUGCUGGUGACAUGAUUAACCGUUACUCCAUUUUAUAUAACAGAACCAGACAAGCUGUUAUCACCAACGAAUUGGUCGAUAUCAUUACUGGUGCUUCUUCCUUAGAUUAG